AUGCGUUGUACCAUUAACAACGACGGAUCGUGGAAGACAGAAGUAGUCGCUUGUCUCUCUCCUUCUGGCUCCAGAAUCCCUUUGAACGGUAAGAUCAUUGAAGACAACAGCGAGUGGAGCUGUGCCAACAACGAUCAAGGCAAAGUGGCACUUAGCCAAGGCCCCAACCCCUACGCUACAUGUGGUAAUCAUGCUGUUGGUACGUUUUGAAAUAAUUAGUGCUUAGAUAUAUAAACUAUUACUCCUGAAUUUUUUAAAAACUACUUUGAUUGUAAGUUAUGUGUAAGUGAAAAUGUAGUAAAACAAAAAUUACAGGCAGUAGAUGGCAAGAAAAGUCGUUCGAACUAGAAUGUCGUCCAGGCGGGGUCCGCGAACUGAAGGCCUGUGUAACCGAAGAUGGUCAACGUAUUCCAGUGAAUGGUACCAAACAAGUCGGUGGCUUCACUUUGGUUUGCCAACAGUACCAGAAUGGUACCGUCGUGUUCCAUGGCUCCAAGUCAGUGAAAGCUCCACAAAACUUUAGCCAAGACCACGCUGUAAAGUGUAUCGACGAACAGAGUGGACAACGUGACAUUGGAGAACAUUGGAUCGAGAAUCACAGAUUCAACAAGACGUGCAAAGAGAAUGGAGCUGUCGAGGUAGUCAACUGCAUCUCCAAGGAUGGAUACAGUAUCCCCUUGAAUGGACAGAUCAUCAGGAACAGGACCAAGUACAGGUAAGUUCGUCUAGUUUAUAAGUUUUAAUUCAAAAAAGGCAUCUCUGCUUGGUUACAACUAAUACUAGAUGUUUCUUAAACAAGCUUAUUUCUAUAAAAUUGAAAUUUAACCUUUUAACCACAAAUUUUAAUUCCUUAAAAGUCACGUAAUACCUUAAGAAACAACAAACUUAUCGUAAUCUUCUUUCAAAGUCAAAGAACAAAACAUAUUGGGGCAACCUAGUGUUAAGGUUUGUUUAUUUUCAGUUGUGAAAUGACAAGUCAAGGUACAAUCAGAUACGCGGCCGGUCCAGUCGAGUAA